AUGAAGGGCAAAGACCAAGUCAUCCAAGAGUUCAACGAGCUCGUCAACAUGUCGGCCUCUGAGCUGGAAAAGUGGCUCAAGUCGGACGACUCCAACAGCGCAGGCUGGCCAAAGGAGGAUGAGAACGGCGAGACGGUCGGACACGAUAGUGGACGCAAGAUUGUUGAGAUUCUCAAGGAGAAUCCUGAGAAGGAGGUUGAGAAGUACACGGACGAGCAGGUUGAGCAUAUGCGCAAGGUUGUUUCUUACUGCAAGCGUCAUCUUGCUCAAGAGACAAAGAGCAACAGCGAAAAGUCGGCAGAAGAGGUUAAAAAGACUAAGUCAUACGCAUCGCUCAAGAACUGGGGUCACGAUUUCCUCAAGGCUCGUGGAAAGCAGGAUGAUGAGAAGGAAGAAGAGGAAGAAGACGACGACAAGCAGGCUGGUGACAAGCGAAAGACGACUCAAAAUCAGUCUGGACCAAACAAGAAGAGGGAGACUGCAAAGGGAGAGUCAGAGACCAAGGACGAGGAAGAGGAAGAGGAGGUAAGCGAAGAGGAUGCGGAUGAGCCGAAGGAAUCCAAGACAUCAAACGGCAAGUCAAAGAACGAAAAGACAUCAAACGAUAAGGACGACUCUACUCCAAAGAAGGGACCUAAGAAGGGCGAGACGGUCAGCUGGAAGUGGGGACAAGGGGAGCCAGAGGGCAAGGUGCUAGACGUCAAGGCGGAAGAGACUUCAAUCAAGACAAAGAAGGGAAACGAGGUUACGAGGAAGGGAGAUGAGGAGGAUCCGGCGGUUGUAAUUGAUACGGGGAAGAACAAGGCGAUUAAGAAGAAUCAUGAGUUGAACGAGAAAUAG